AAUAUUAAAAUAAAUAGGCUAAGUAAUAAACUAAACUAUAAAAAAGUCAGACCUUAUAAAAUUUUAAAGAAAAUCAGUAAAGUUAACUAUAAACUAAACCUCCUAAAGCAACUAAGUAAACAAGGAAAACCAGUACACCUGAUUUUUUAUAUCUUACUAUUAAAAAAAACACUAAUAAAUAAAAACACAAAAGAACUUAUUAAAAAUAAAAUUAUUAUUAAAGGUAAAAAACUUAAAUAUAAAGUUAAUAAAAUAAUAUUACUAAAAAUAGGCAAAGUAACUAAUAAACUCUAA